GCUGUUUGACAUAAAAUUGGUGGAAAUUUUGAUUUUUGAGAGUUUGCAUAGUUUUUGUUCACAGUCAUCGCAAUAAACUAUGGAAAGCAACAGCUGCUGCUACAGCACAAUUAUUGCCUGAAAAAUCAAAGUCCAGGUACGAAAACGUUUAUAAUUUGUUUUGGAAAUGGACUGAUAUGAAGAAAUUCAAAACUAUAACAAAGAAUGUAAUUUUGGAUUAGUUGGCGCAAAAAUCUAAAACUGUCAAAUUCUCUACUUUGUAGAAAAAGUGCCAUUUUAGUGAAGACAAAUGUAAAACACAGCCACUUUCCCAAAGGUUAUCGCAUUUCUUAAAAUGAAGAAUUUGGGUAUAGAGUAAAGAAAUCUGAAGUCUUGAACAGCGAGCCAAUCAACAAAUUCAUUGUGGAAGCAAAUAAUUACACACAUCUAACGAUAAAGAAAGGAAAGUAAAGAACCGCAAAAAAUGAUUCUAGCCGUCGUGUCGCUACCAAAAGUUCCAAACUAAGUGAAAUCCAUGAUGUUGGCAUUACAAAGUUUUCUUCCGUUUGCAUUACUAUUUAUACUCUGUAACACACCGAGUCAGUGCCAAGAUGAAAAAGAGAAAAGCAAAGAGAAGACAGGCAACAUAAAUGCAAUUUAUAGUGCUCAUACAAUAAGAGAAUUGAAUCAAGACAUACGUCCAUUUAGCAAUACCGACAUAGAUGACGAUCAAAAAGACAUUUUCAAUCCAGAAUAUUAUCACACAAGGAUAAGAUACUACUUCAGGCCUAGACGCAGCGUUCCAGAAAGGAGCAUAGCGAGCAUACGAAAAAGACUGAAUGCAGAAAGGAAGAGAGAAGAGGAACUCAUGUCGGCCGAUGCUCUUCCUAAAAUGGAGCCGAACGAUACGAUCAUAUCCAAACAAGGAUAUUUAGACACGGAAAAUGCAGCCCCGAAUGUUGAACAGGAGUACAACAAACAGAUAGACAAAAUCAAACAGCUUCAUAAGCAAUACACUUUAGAAAAACACACGGAAUAUGAGACUGGUGUCGAUUGUGAUUUUGAAAACGAUUGUUUGUGGACAUGGAGAAAAGACGUUGCUAACGGAUUUUUUAUAACUUCUGGAGGAAAGUAUGGAGUAAAUGAAACUGGUCCCAGAAUGGAUGCUGACCAGAGAGAAGGAGGUAGUUUCCUUCUACUGAGGCUUCCUUUGAAAUCUACGGAGUUUCAUGUCGACAGUCCCUUAUUCAGUCCUACAAUAUCUUCUUGUAAGCUGGCUCUAUGGAUAUAUCAGGAAGCAAUGGAAGGAGGAGAUAUCAGAAUUGUGGGAGCUAGAAUCGAUGAUAAUACACAAUGGUUCAUAAAAAGUAUACCGGGUGAUAAUAGUAAGAGGUGGCAUAAAUAUGAAAUGUCUGUUGGCAAAAUUUCGAAAAAUUUCACCAUAAUCAUUGAAGUUGUUGCUGGUGAAAAUAUGAGAAAUCGUGCAACGGUGGCAUUCGACAAUAUAAAGUUGUUCCACUGUUAUCAUAAAAACGACGAUUCCUGUUCACUCAACCAAUACAAGUGUAAAGCAACAAAAAAUUGCCUAAACAGCACAAGCAUUUGUGACAUCACCAAAGAUUGUCUUCACGGAGAUGAUGAACAACAAAGUUGUGAUGAAAUGCCGUUUGGGUCACGAUGUAAUUUUGAAGAAGACUGGUGUGGCUGGCAGAAUACUGAUAUUAAAGUAAUCGAGUGGGCUCGUCACAAUGGUUCAACUCCCACCAACUUCACUGGGCCCAAUUUUGAUCAUACUUACAAAAAUACUACUGGAAAUUACCUUUAUGUCAACAUGCUUAAAGAAAAUGCCAAAUUUGCUACAGCUGCUAUACUGAGAAGUGUAGAUUUCAAUCCUCCACCUAAGGUCCAUGGAAAUUCUUCAUCUAGAUUCUUUAAUUCCUGUGCGAUACGCUUCUAUCUACACAAAACAGGAAAACACAACAGCGCGAUAUUGGUGCAAGUUACUGAGCUUAAGCCUUCAGAAAACGUUUCAGUAGAAUUAUUAUGGAGUUACAGUGACCAUGGUGAUCAAUGGGUACGCCAGGUUUUCAUUUUGCCAAACAUUUCACACAGGUAUUUCAUACAUUUUGAAGCAAGGAGAGGUAUCAGGUACAUGAGUGAUGUAGCUAUAGAUGAUGUUUCAUUAAGUCCUGAAUGUUUCGGACUGAAUAUACCAAAAGAAGAUCUAAACGGAUAUAAUUAUUGGGAUGUCAGAGAAGGACAUGAAUCUGAAAAAGAAAUUCAUAAAGAUUUCCUGAACAAAACUUAUUAUGAGAUAACAACGUGUAAUGCUAAAGGAAGAUUUGGACCUACUCAACCAGAAUGUACCAAAGCAUACAAUGGAACAAAUGUCAACAUCAAAGUAGUUCAUGAACCUGGAGUUACUGGGGUUCAGAAAUGGGUUGUACCCAAAGACGGUUAUUACACGUUUAUAUUGAGUGGAGCUGGUGGAGGUAAAGGUAGUUCCGGAAUGGGUUCGUCUAAAGGUGCUAUGAUAAGGACCGUGGUAGACCUGAAGAAGGGCCGGGAAAUUUAUAUGUUGGUUGGUCAAGAGGGUACUAGUUCAUGCGUGAAGAGUCUUGGAGUUCAAAAAAAUUCCUCCUGUCACUCCAACAAUAAUUUCGGAGAUGGAAUUCGUGGAGUUUUUUAUCUUGUUAUCAAAGACAGUGGAGGAGGAGGUGGUGGUGGAACGUACAUUUUCACACGCAAUGGCACUAAGGAAAAGGUACCUUUAGCAGUUGCCGGAGGAGGUGGUGGUUUAGGUUUAGGUCGUUUUAUUGUCGAUAAUGUGCAGCAACAUGGACAAGGUAUAAGCAAGUCGAGAAAACCCCACACUGGAAAAAUGUAUGGACCUGGGAGUGCUGGUGCUGGAGGGGGUUGGACCAUGUUCCCAGGCCUUGUCGAUUCCGCCCAUAAACCAAUGAUGGGUAGUUCCUUGCAAGCUGGAGGCAUCGGUGGUAAAGCUUGUUAUAAUUCUACUGAUCACCGUGGUGAUGGUGGCUUUGGAGGUGGUGGAGGAGGGUGCAGUUAUGGUGGAGGAGGGGGUGGUUAUGCAGGGGGAAAUGCUGCUUCAGUGAACUCCACUAACGGAGAAGGAGGUUAUUCCUUUCUGAACUUCUCCAAAGUCGUCUCUCAGUUGUCUGAAGUCUAUUCCGGAUAUAAUUCAGGGCCAGGAUAUGUUAUCAUCAUACCAGAGAUCGAUGGAUGUGACUGCGAUUACAAAUGUGUUGCUUUGGAUGCCCAACGAUCUGAGGUUUCUUGCAUUUGUCCUGCUAAGUGGAUGUUGAAAGAUGAUAAAAAGACUUGCCAGCCUAUGGAAAAAUCUGCGAGUGAAGGACCGUACCCAACAUGGUUUGUGGUUGUGCUGAUAGUUACAGUUUUCUGCUUGACGGCUGCAUUUGGAGUCAUAUGUUUUGUUUUAUAUAAUAGAUAUCAACAGAGAGCAUCGGGUAUCAUGAGACGGAAAAUGCUAUCCGGAGCAGAUUUCCAGCUUGAUAGGCUUCGUCUUGCCUCAGAUAGUAUGAUGACAGAAUACAACCCGAAUUACGAGUUUGGAGGCGUGGUAUAUACUCUGAAAGAUCUGAAUGAUAUUCCGAGAGACCAACUUCGUCUGGUAAGGGCUCUCGGUCAAGGUGCUUUUGGUGAAGUCUAUCAGGGCUUCUAUAGACAAAGACCAUGCGACACUGUUGAGAUGCCUGUGGCAGUGAAAACUCUUCCAGAAAUGUCGACUUCCCAGGCUGAAAUGGACUUCCUCAUGGAAGCACUCAUUAUGUCCAAGUUCAAUCACCCUAAUAUUGUUCAUUUCAUCGGAGUUUGUUUCAACAAGCAUCCUCGAUUCAUAGUUUUGGAACUGUUAUCAGGAGGAGACCUGAAGAAUUUUUUAAGGGAAUCAAGGCCUAAACCAGAAAGACCGAGUCCUUUAACUAGGAAAGAUUUGGUGAUGAUCGCCGUUGAUGUUGCCAAAGGUUGCAAAUAUCUUGAAGACAAUAGAUUUAUACACAGAGAUAUAGCUGCCAGGAACUGUUUACUCACGACUAAAGGACCAGGAAGGUGUAUCAAAAUAGCUGACUUCGGAAUGUCUCGAGAUGUUUAUAGGUCGGACUACUACAGAAAAGGUGGGAAAGCAAUGCUCCCUAUUAAAUGGAUGCCGCCAGAAGCUUUCCAAGAUGGCAUAUUCACCAGCAAAACAGACGUCUGGUCAUAUGGAGUUUUGCUUUGGGAAAUAAUGUCUAUGGGUUACAUGCCCUACACUGGCUGUGCCAAUAAAGAUGUGAUGGAUCUUGUAACAACAGGAGGAAGACUGGAUCCACCAUCUAAUUGUCCAGGUCCUAUUUAUGGUAUAAUGACCCAGUGUUGGCAUCCCACUCCAGAACUCAGGCCGUCAUUCGGGACAAUUCUAGAAAGAUUGGGAUAUUGCAUUCAAGAUCCUGAUGUGAUGAAUGCCCCAUUGCCAGUGUUUCAUCGCCCACCUUCGUAUGAAAAAGAUAUGACGGUGAUGAGACCUAAAAGUACAGAGGAAAAUUGCCUACAGGUACUACCAACAUCCUCAGAUUAUCUAAUUCCAAACCAUACUCAUCCUACCACCCCCGAUCAAAUUGAAUCGACUUCCUCCAUAGAAAAAUUACUACCAGACAAUUCGGACAAUUGGGAAACUUCUUUCAUUAUGCCCCAUUCAAGAUCAACACAACCCUUACUAAUGGAAAACAAUAAAGAAGAUGAGGGUGCCGUUUCUGUCGUUAACAAACUUCUCUUGCCGGUGGACAACACAACUCCAAACCCCAAAGUAUCACCGGUUUCCCUGCCGAACAGUACCGUCACCAACCAUAAUAACAAUUUGAGAAAUGAGUGCACACUGAAAUCUGGGGUAUCGUUAGAUGCUGGAGCCCUUGCCAAACAGGCGAUGGCACCUCCACAGAACAAGAAAUACGCCAACAUCAACACUGGAGAUGAGGUGACUAGUAAUGGAAUAUUGCAAAAUGAUCCUUUCUCGAAUCAUAUUGGAGGCAGUCAAAAGUCAGAAAUCAACUGUUAAACUGUGAGUUAUAAACUGAUGAAAUUAAUGUGUUAGUGAGAUGUUUGAACCGUCUCGAAAAUGAUAUGCGAUCAUUCAGGUUGAUAGUUUCAUUUGAAGUGAAUCAAACGAAAAAAGAAUUCAAUAUGAGUCAUUUUAGUGUUUCGUAGUAGGUGUAUUUCGUGUGGCAUCUUCAAAACCACGCUUUUCACUAAAGUAUAUGAGGUAUUAUUUCAAAUACUCUUUUGAGGCUGGAUCCAUCUAGUAUUAAAAAAUUGAAAAGUUUGCAACUUGAUCGAAAUCAGUUUUGAAAAUACUCAGUAACGAAUUUGUCAGAGACCCAUUAGUUCAAAACGUUAAUAAUAAUAACUUUUUAGAGCCAAAUUAGCAUUCCGCAGAAUCAGAUGAAAUUCAAAACUGUUUUACUUAACGUUCACUUGCCUUGUUCUGAAUAGAUAUAAAUUCAUAUUUGCCAACUUUACUUUUUGUGUAUUAGUUCUAUAUUAGUGAUGUAUUUUCAAUUAUUUCCAGGUUGUUUUUGACGCAGUUACAAUAAUGAUCUAGAAAAAGUUAAACUUCCUUCGAAAGGAAGACAUUUAUGAUGAAGCUCCCAAACACCUUCCAUAGGUGGUCCUACUGGUUAAAAUGAAUUCCUAAAAAAUAUUCACUACAUUGAUUCUUCAAUUAUAAAAUUCUGAAAGUAUUUUUUUUCCAUUUUAUGGGACUGAUUUGAAUCAUAACGUUAAUGUCAAAAGGGUAAUCAAAAAUAACGUCUGUCGUAAGGGCUGGAUUUAUCUUUCACCACAUUAGAUUUAAUUUCCAUCCAGUUUUGUCUACCAUAGGCACGUACUAAAUUUGAAUAUGAUCCGUUUAUAAAUAUAAAAGUUUUGGGACUUAUUUAUCUCUCCAACACUGUUUUUCACACUUCUUGGUUAUUCAAAUAGAUUUUCGUUUUGUGCUUACUACAAUAUCAAAAUUGUAUACUUGUCCGUCUCUCCGGAAAUAGUUUCUUGGGAUUGGGCGUAUUCCAUAGGGUGUUCUAUAAAUUGGAAGGUAGUGGAGGUAUUGAUUGUCAAUAUGGUUUUUGUAUUCUGUUUAAUUACAGCAUUAUAAUUUUUCCUUUGAAUCCGGAGAUCUGUACAUUGUACAUAUUGAGGUAACGCAGCAAUAUCUUCAUCAAGGAGAGUUGCCUCCUUCAGAAGACCUUCAGUUGUAAAAAAUCAGCUAGGUAUAUUUCUCUUCCAUUUUUGUGAACUUUAGAUAGGCUCACACUUACAAUUUUCGAUAAUUAUUCCCUCUAAUAACAUUCAAUGUAGUUUUUGUGCUAUGGAAUUUAGAGCAACUAGAUUUUGACAAACUCUUGAAGUUUUAUAAAGUGGUGAAGAUAGAUGUUUCACUUCAGUUCAGUUUCGCUUGAGAAUAUUGCAUGAUGAAAUCUAAAAUAGAUAUCGCUAUGAAGAUUUCAUUUUAUAAUAAAAUCAAGUUGCAUUCUAAAGUAAAGUAUUUUAUAAACUUCUCUUUCUUUAGUUGCUUAGAUUGAAAGAAGUUCUGUAAAAUAAAGUUUAACAGGGUCAAAAAUGUAAAACUGUCACUACUCCCAAUGUACUUUUUGAAGUGAAACUAUUCAUCUAUCUAAAUUUUCUGUUUCAAAUUAUAAUUGAGAAAAGCACAAUUGAGAAAUAUAGUCCAUAAGCUAUCUAUCUUAUAUUGAAAUAAUCCUUUUCCACACAAGUAAAUGUGCGCUUCAUUCAUUCUUGAGACGAGUUCAUCUAUAUUGAUUAUGGCAUAUCGAUUUGUGUACUGGCUAGAUUUUCUAACUAAAUUGAAAAAUAUUCGGAAUAAUUCCCACAAUCAACAUGUGAAGUAGAUAAUGAAAUACUUAUAGUGAGAAUUUAUUUUGUUGUGAACCUUAUUUGUAUGGAUACAAUGAGAUUAUGCAGAAAAAACUACUGUAACUUUAUAUUAUUUGCUACUCAGCUUGUUACCUAUAUUCCUGAAAAAAAACUUUUACAUAGAAUUACAACAUAUGGACAGGAUAUUUAUUUUCCACAAAAAAUUCAAUUCAGGUUUUGUACUAUACUUUGUUAAAGAAUCAAAAGAGUAGUAUUUCUUUCACUGAUGUUAUGUUGUAUAACUGGGCAAUACAUUUUUAAAUAGAUUUCCUGAAACGUAAUUUUUUAUGUCAAAAUUAUUUCUAAAACAUUUUUAAUCAGGUAUCAUACAUUUACUAAAUUGGACUCGACUCUUUUCAUUAUCUAGUUACUAAUUUGCAUAAGGUAUCAUAACAGUAGUUCUCCUAUUUUAUGCUUGAAUUGAUAUUGGUGGGGUUCUAAAGCGAUCUGUAAGUUGAAUCAAAUUACUUACUACAAAUCAAAAAUUGAUUUCAUUUGGAGUAUGUAAAAAACCACGAAGCCGUCGAAUGGUCACAAUCUAUUUUUGAAUUGAAUUCUACUUACGUUUAGAGAUGGCGAGUUUUUUCUCAAAAUUUUAGCCAUGAAUGAAAAAGUUGAGAUUAAAAUAAAAAAUGGGCUUCGUAGAAAACAUGUUUUAUAUAUAAUAUAUACAAAGAGGGUUUAUAUAAAUGAUUUAUAUUUUCUGUAAAAUUGGAAAACAUGUUUAGUUUAUCUUGUUACUGAAAUUCUUCAGCUUUUUAUUGAUAUUUCAAAGACUUUUACACGAGUUAAGUUAUUACUAUAAGAAUCAUAAAGGUACUGUAUAUGUAUACAGGGUAAUUUAUAAAUGUGUGUUAUUUUUUCGAAUCGGUAUGUAGAACGCCCUGUAUUUUAAUGUUAUAUUAGGAGUAAGUGUAAAAAUAUAUUUAUGACUGAAAAAAGUGUGACUGGAAGUUUGGCAGAAAUCAUACGAGUGUGAGUUGUCUUAAUGGUUAUUUUUGUUUUAUCAGAAUUGUGGAAUGAUUGUAAUGGCUACUCAAAACUGGAAAAGUGAAAUAUUUGUGAUUAUUUACAGAAUAUAUUGAAACAUACAAAGUGUUCAGAAACUGUAUUUGGGAAGUAAUAUGAAAAAUGAAACUUCCGGUAGUCUAAAUACUUUGUAUGAAAUAUUUGUUGACAAAGUGUAUGUUGAUCUAUAUAAAUUUUCUUUAUUGUACAUUUAUUUAUGGCUAUUGAUGAAUAUAUAAGAAUUAUGGUUGUGUAUAGUGCACUUUUUUAUUGAAAAAAAAUUUGUUGAAAUCAGCUCAACGAAAAAAAUUUCAGAAUUUUCACUUAGUACAAUAAAUUCAUAGGUUGUGGUAAUAUUAUUUGGUUCAAGUUUUAUUUGGUUUAUACGAGUAUCCUAGUCAUAGCAUAGAUGUUUUAGUAUGUUUUUAAGAACUAAAUUAAUGAAAAAUAAUGCUUUAAAUAGAUAUUAAGAUCUGUAAAUAUUUGAAUGUGUAUUUAAGAAUAUUCUGUCAUUGAAUAUUAUGCAUAUUGUGACUGAGAUCUGAAAGCAGCUUCCAAGAAUUGGACGACACUUGGAAAAAUCAUUUUCGAAAUAAUUUUCAAUUGCAUUCACUUGAAACAAUAUUUGUAGACAUUAUAAACAAAAUUUUCAAGAAAAAUCAAAUAUGAGAAAAUGUAGGUAAAGCAGAAAAUAAUUAUCAUGGGGGCUAAAACCCAUUAUUUUUUUGUUAUUCAUGGAGUUAACUUUCCGGUUUUAGUCAUCAUUGAAGAAUCAAAAAGAGCUAUUUAUGUUGAAGCUGGUGCUGUUCAAAAGAAUUUAGUUGCAACUUUAAGCUUCCUGUACAUAAAGGCUCGUUUAGAAAAAACUACUAGUAUAUUUAUUACCAUAAGACUGGUUAUUUAUUUGGUACAGUUUUCAGUUUCGACAUAAGCAGUUCCUACAAAUGUAAUAUGAGACAAUAUUUGCCUGUUGUAUGUAUUUUAGGCAUCGUUUCCAAAAUAUAUAGAACAUAAAGUAUUUGUUAUGUUACAUGAAUAUAUAGGUGUUACAAAUA